UUCUAGGAAACAGUAUAUAACCCAGUAGAGUUUCUCUACUUCCGUCACUUUCUUAUUCAUUCUUUGUUCUUCUUCUUCGUCAAGCAAACAUGGACAACUUGUCUCCGAGAGAAAGAGAUCGAUUUAUUCGAACUUGGCUACAUAGUAUUAUUCCAGUUCAAACUGUACUGGAUGAUAAUAUCCAAUCCAUGUUAGUAGAAGCUAAUAGAGAUUUCUCACCGGAGCAAUACUUGGGAAUCGGAGAUGACGACGAAGAAACUAUCUUUGGGGAUGAUGAUGAUGAAGAUUUGGUGAUCGCACUGUUAGCAAGCAUUGAUUAUUGUCCAACAGCGCAGCCAGCAAGCCAAGAAUCCAUUGAUAAACUGAAAGAUGUGAGAAUUGAAAAAUCGGAUUUGGAUUGUAGCAUCUGCUUGGAUGAACUUUUGGUAGGGUCUGAAGCCAAGUGCUUGCCAUGCUCACACGUUUACCAUGGAAAUUGUAUCGCAGAGUGGCUGAAGAAUAGCAACACCUGUCCUCUCUGUCGGUAUUCGUUACCCACAGAUUCUUCUUGAAUUUUGACCUUUCAAGGCAAACUUUGGUCGUUUAGGGUAGGUUGAAUUUGUAAAAAACAGUAUUCAAUUUUCUUGUUCAGUUCUUACAAAUCAUAAAUUUUGAUAUAAAUAAGUAAAGAAUUCUUAUCUUGAGAUUCAAUUAGAGAAAAUAAAUGCAAGCGGUUCACAAAAAUUGUUUGUUCGCUGUAUCACAGUAGAUUCAAGCCUGAAAUAAUGUCAGUGAAUAUAUCUUCUCUGCAAGGAAGUGUAAUAGUAAGACAACCCAUUGGAGGUUUAAAUCCAAUUUCUUCCCAGCUUCUUGGAAUCAAUGGCUUUUCUGCAUUUUUUUUUUUUUUCCAACAAACGACCACGUUUCUUUUUCCUUUUUUCGCAAACGACAGGGCUUUGUUUGCUUUUGAACUUCAAGCCUGUUCAUGG